AUGCAAGAUCUACUAAAAGGCCUAUCGGAGACAUUCUCUUUGAAUGGCGCUGCACAGGUCAUCUCAAGAGAUAGCGAGACACAGACAAUCAAGAGGUUUCUCAGUAAUUCAAUCGAUAGUAAGAAAGGAUCCGCUCUAUAUAUAUGUGGACAACCAGGCACUGGAAAGAGUUUAACAGUUACCUCUUUACUCACUGAAAUUUCAUUAAGAUCUUCAAAAAAAUGUAAAGUUGUUUAUAUUAAUUGUAUGGGAUUUAAAGAUGCAAAAGAAGCAUAUUUCAAUAUAUACCAACAGCUUACCAAAACAAAGAAGGUGACUAUAAGUGUUAGUGAUGUCAUCAAGCAGCUGGAAUCCAUAUUCUUUGACGAAACCUCAAAUAAAAUGAUGUGUGUAGUUUUAGAUGAAGUCGAUCAAUUGAUAUCAAAGACAAAUGCCGAUCUAUAUAGGAUAUUCGAAUGGCCAUUCGAAAAACAAUCGAAAAUGAUACUGGUGGGAAUUGCCAACGCACUGGAUUUGGUGCAGCGCUCAUUGCCCAGACUCUCGAGCAGUGGUCGCGAACCAACACUAGUGCACUUUGCACCGUACAAUCGUGACCAGAUCUACCAUAUCAUCUAUGGAAGAAUAGAAAGUAUUACCGAUCCUUCGGUGUGUGAAGACGAAGCACUACUCUACUUGGCCAAGCAGGUGGAGGUCAACAAUGGUGACAUCAGAAAGGCAUUGGACAUAUGUAGGCAACUGAUAUCGGUCAAGCAGGUCGAUUAUCUCAAACAGAAUAAAGAGGAUCUCGAGGAAGACGAAUACAUCAUCUCAUUGGACGACAUGAUGGACGUUAUCGACAACAUUUUCGGUCAGCAAAAUACAACGAAAAUCAAAAACCUUCCACUUCACGGUCAACUCAUAGUUAUUUCAUCACUUUCUACCGCUUCAUCUAUACAUAGUACUAUAUUUGGAGAUUUGUUUAAAACCUAUAGUUUGAAUUGUAAAUCAAUAUAUAUUGAUCCUGUAAAUAAAAUGCAAUGUAAUAGGAAUGAAUUUUAUGAUGUUUUGAGUAGUGUUACCUCAACGGGUUUAAUGACACUGGAAGCGAUGUUCAAAACAGAAAAUCAGAGAAAGAUAACACUUCACUACAAUAAAGAUGAGGUUCUCUUUGCUCUUGGACAUUUGAAAAUAUUGAAACCAUUACUUUCAGAGCUCGGUAACAUCGAGGAAGAAGAGGAAGAGGAGGAGGAAGAAGAAGAACCGGAUGAAGAUGCAAUGGAUAUGGAUAAAUAG